CCCGCAGACCCUCCGCCGCCCCUGGUUUGAGGAACUUGAGGUGUGGGGUUGGGAACCGCGAGUAUCCCGGACUACCGCAGGCGCGAAGGCGGGUGUCCCAGAGUGGUCGCGCCCACGUCGGCCUCCACCCCUCGGCCUCCUAACGAACAGGUCCUUUCCCACUCCGCCGGAACGCGGGAGAGCGCGGCGAGCGGCGGGGUCGCGAGGUGGGGCCGGCGGGGGCGGCCAAUGCGAAACUGGCUGGUGCUGCUGUGCCCGUGUGUGCUCGGGGCCGCGCUGCACCUCUGGCUGCGACUGCGCUCGCCGCCCCCCGCCCGCGCCUCCGCCUCCGCCUCCAGCCCCUCAGAUCAGUUGGCCUUAUUCCCUCGGAAGUCUAGUCACUAUGAUGUGGUAGUCGGUGUGUUGUCAGCUCGCAAUAACCAUGAACUUCGAAAUGUGAUAAGAAGCACCUGGCUGAAGCAUUUAAUACAACAUCCAGCACUAAGUCAACGUGUGCUUGUGAAGUUCAUAAUAGGUGCUCAUGGCUGUGAAGUGCCUGUGGAAGACAGGGAAGACCUUUAUUCCUGCAGACUACUCAACAUCACGAAUCCAGUUUUGAAUCAGGAAAUUGAGGCAUUCGGUCUUUCUGAAGACACUUCAUUAGAGGACCGAGUUGUCAGUGUGAGCUUCCGAGUUCUCUACCCAAUUGUUAUUACCAGCCUCGGAGUGUUUCACGAUGCCAACGAUGUGGGUUUCCAGAGGAACAUCACUGUCAAGCUUUAUCAGGCAGACCAGGAGGAGGCCCUCUUCAUUGCUCGCUUUAGUCCUCCAAGCUGUGGUGUGCAGGUGAACAAGCUGUGGUACAAGCCUGUGGAGCAGUUCAUCUUACCAGAGAGCUUUGAAGGUACAAUCGUGUGGGAGAGCCAAGACCUCCAAGGCCUUGUGUCAAGAAACCUCCACAAAGUAACAGUAAAUGAUGGAGGAGGAGUUCUCAGAGUCAUUACAGUUGGAGAGGGCACAUUGCCUCAUGAAUUCAUGGAAGGUGUGGAGGGAGUUGCAGGUGGUUUUAUUUAUAUUAUUCAGGAAGGUGAUGCUCUCUUAGAAAACCUUUAUUCUCGCCCUCAAAGACUUAUUGAUCACAUAAAUAAUCUCCACAAGGAAGAUGCCUUACUGAAGGAGGAAAGCAGCAUCUAUGAUGAUAUUGUUUUUGUGGAUGUUAUUGACACUUACCGAAAUGUUCCUGCAAAGUUAUUGAACUUCUAUAGAUGGACUGUGGAAACAACCAGCUUUGAUUUAUUGCUAAAGACAGAUGACGACUGUUACGUAGAUUUAGAAGCUGUAUUUAAUAGGAUUUCACACAAGAAUCUGGAUGGGCCUAAUUUUUGGUGGGGAAAUUUCAGGUUGAACUGGGCAGUUGACCGAACUGGAAAGUGGCAGGAGCUGGAGUACCCCAGUCCUGCUUACCCUGCCUUUGCAUGUGGGUCCGGGUAUGUGAUCUCCAGGGAUGUCGCCUACUGGCUGGCCAGCAACGCAGGCAGGUUAAAGACUUAUCAGGGUGAAGACGUAAGCAUGGGCAUUUGGAUGGCAGCCAUAGGACCUAAAAGGUACCAGGACAGCCUGUGGCUGUGUGAGAAGACUUGCGAACCAGGAAUGCUGUCUUCCCCUCAGUACUCACCACAGGAGCUCACACAGCUGUGGAGACUGAAGGAAUCGUGUGGCGAUCCUUGUCAGUGUGAAGCAAGAUGAGGAUGAUUUUAUUUGUGUGUUAUGAUCAGGGUAGGCGACUGAUGAUCUGAGAGUCAGUCUGAUGGAAGCCCAAGAUUUGGUAAUAGAUUAUACGGUCUUUCAGGAUAGUUCUAGGCUGGCACUUUCACCUGUAAUCAAUGUGGUAUUUCUCAGUGUUUGUACAAAAUUUCCUUUUUAAAAAUCAGCUGAUACUGUAGCAUAAGAAAAACUAUAUUGGAAGAUGAUUUGAAAAAUACCAAAUUGUUUAUAAAACAAAAAACACUUCUAAAAUCAUGAUGCAUCAUUUCUAAUUAGUAAAUCAUCUGUCAUUUUUGGUUAAAAAUCAGUGUAAUUCAGAAACCUUUAGCAACUGAGAGUUUGAAUUUCAGCCUGGAUUGCAGAAUAACUCCGUAUAGCAUAAUUAGGGUAAGUAAGGGCCAAAAAGAACCACAGAAAUGCUGUGUGAUUAUGUGGUCAUUUAUACCAAAGUUUGGGGUUUCUGGAAGUAAUGUCAGAUUCUGAGGAUCUCUGAGUGAAGUGGGCAUUUAAAUCUGUAAGGGAAGCAAUAUAAUUUUCAGUUCUGUACCUUGGUUUUAAAGUUUUCUUUUGCCUUGCAACAUGAAUCUUAAAGGUCACAGUUUAGUACUCCUGUUUUCUUUUAAAUGCUAAAAUUUUGUGAAUAUAAAGUCAAAUCUCUUUUAGGGUUUUACUGACAUAGGGAAGGAUAUUUGUAAAUAGUUGAUACUUUGAAGGAAUUUUGUUUUCUUCCAAUCAUUGCCUAAUGUUUACCUAAGUACCUAAUGAAUUUUGAUCAGGGCUGGUAAUCUUAUAGAGAAGAAUAUACAUCCAAUUAAGAUACAACUGUAGGGAAAAGCAUGUUAUUAAUUUUUGCAAGUACUCAAAAAUAGUGCAACUGAGGAGAGAGCUCAUAGCUUAUAUGUUAUACAUAGUAGAAGAUGUGCCUCCCUAAGUUUAAAGGACAUUUCCCAAAAUGACUACCCAAAUCACUUUGAUAACCUUUUAAACUAGUAGUAUGAGUAGAAUUUCAUUAAAACUGGUCUGAAUGACAGGCAUUAACUGUGUUCAGGUUUUACUAGACGAGCUAGGUUCUAUUUAAUACUGAAUUGAAGUCUUCACAAAGUGAGACUUACUCAUAAACUAUAAAAUACAAAAAAAUCAAUACCAUUAGUAGGUACAAAGACUUUAUUAUUGCUAUUAUAUACAAGCUUAGAAACAGUCUCUUACCAAUGAAAAAUUCCUUUUCUAUACUUAGAACAAGUUGUAAAACCUCAUUUUUUUGGACAGUAGAAUUAUUCCAGUAAAUCACUUAUUUCCAGUAAACCACUUAUAUCCAGUCACGAUAAAUAGUGGACUCUCUGAAUUUUAUUAGUUGGCUGUUAACCAUCGCACUAAUAGACAGUCUCCAUUUUCCACAGAAUAAAACUGUAAGGACUGUUGGUCAUUUUCUAGUUCAAUUUCUCUGCCCGGCAUCUAAAAUUAAAACAAAUGGUUGUGGGGGGAUGACUAGAUCUGGACAAGCAGUGUUAUAUUCAUCCCCCACCAAACAGAUGGUUUCCAUUGAGAAUCAGACUUACAGAGAGAGCAUGCCAUGCUGUGGGGAACUGAGCUUGACUUUGUGUUUUGCUGGGCAACUUACUUUGGGACUUUCAUAGGACAACAGAAGUUCUGACACAGGAACUUUGAGAAGACGGGACAGCAAUCCUUUCACCUUGUGAAUUGUCAUGGAGUCUAUCAAAGAAAAGAAAAACCAUUUCUCUCAAAUGACAGUUACAUGUAAAAUUAGCUCAGUGACAAGCCACAAUUACAAUGAAAACAGCUCAGUUUACCCAAGAUUAGGGAAAGGCUCACCUACCUACCCCAUGGACCCCAAGAUUACAGUUUCACACCACUCACUGGAGUUAUUUGGGAAGCUGCGGGAAAUGGAGCCAGUGUUUGACCUAAGUGCCCUUUGAUGAUGAGUUUUCAUAACCAUUACAGUGGUGGUGAAUAUUUCUUCCUUAAUCUGAAUAAACCAGAAGUCUGCCCAGGGAAUAAAUGUGAGUGGAAUCAUUAACUUUUCUUUCUAAACCCUUGUAAUUACUUCCUUCUGGCUUACUGAAGAGGCUGGAGGGCUUAGUGGCCUUUGAGGUCCUCCAUCUCUCCAGCCUUCAUUUCCUCCUCUGUAAAAGGAGGGGCAAGCUGAAUAUAAGCUCCCCUCCAGCUGCCAGUCUAUAACUAUAAUGUAUAAUUGUGUUACACACACACACACAUACACGUAAACACCAGGCAUGGGUGUAACUUAGUAAAGUUUGGUUUGUUCAGAAAACACUUCUUUCCAAAGAUGGGUUGUGGUAAAUAUUUGAGUAUUUUAUGAGAAAUAUAGUUUCUUUGAAGCUUUAGCUGGAGGUACAGCAAUAGUGUGGUGUUCCUACAAAUAUCACAUGUAUUCAAACAAAUAUUUUUCUAUCAAAAAUAAUUUUUGUAAAAGCUGUUUGUGUUUUUAUGCAACUUGUGAUAAUAAAUGUUAUCUUUAUUUUAGAUGAAAAA